AUCUCAACUAUUGAAGUUACUAUAAUUUGCACAAAAUCCCCUUCUAAUAUUAAACAGAUUAGGUUUAGAGUUAUCAAUACCAAGAUUGGACUUGAUAGUUUCAAAUAAAUUAAGCAUUAGAUAGAGAGUUAAUAGUAAAUAUAUUUCUAUUAUAUCCCAAUUAAUAGAAAAAUUAUAUUUCCGAUGUUUCGUAACUCAGUAUAAACCACUUCUUCAGAGUAAAUAAAUCACCGAAAUUAAAUGAAAUUCGUGAUAAUUCUAUUUUUGUGUAACAAUAAAGCGUUUUGGCAUCCACACACAUCUCAUUUGUGUAUUAAGAUAAAAGUAACUUAAAAUCAUACAUCAACUGAACCAAAUUACUGAUUUACAUUUAAACCAUUUGAGAAUAUUUAUCACUAGUUUCUAGUUAAUUGAAUAAUUUUCUGGUUAGCGUUUUUUAGCGAGUUAGUUUUCUACGGGAUGGGGUCGCUAACACCAUGCCCAACCCUCCUCAUUUGUCCGGGCUUGGGACCGGCGAUAGCCCCCAGAGGGACUCCAGGCGGACAAUCUUUAGUUAAUCAGUCACAAUAUUUAACAUUAAAAGCAUUAGUAAGUCCCUCUUUAUAAACGGUAAUCUAAUCACUCAUGCGAAAAUGUAAACCACACAAUAAUAGACAAGCUUUAUUAAGACAUUUACAACAACGUUAUAAUAAAUUAGGCCAAAUCGAUUUUUAUUCCCUGAAAGAAAUCAAUAGAAUCUAUUACAAAUCUUUUCAUAGAACUAUCUUAUCUUGUAAAUAAUACAUCCCAUUUACUCGUUGAACGGAAUGGCUGAUAUUCAAUCAUAAUAUUCCAAUAUAAGAAAAUACUUUUCUUAAACCAGAUUUAUAAUCUAUCAUCAACAGCCUCAUCCAUGAGAUAAUCAUAUAUUUGACAGUUUGUUUACCUACUGGGAAUUACAAUUCACAUCAAAAUAGAUAUUAUUUAGAAGAUGAUUUAAGACAACGUUACCUAUCUACGUUGUUACUUCAUUUAAAUUAUUUGUGCAAAUUGAUAUUUUGAAAUACUUUUCAAGCUAUACCUCGACCUCGUAAGUCAUCAAAUCAUAUCUCGAUCAUAUAUAUACAUCACUUAACGCAUGAUUUAUGUAUAGUUUGAACAGUCAUGACAAACAUUGAUAGAUGGUGAAUAUCAUUAAAUAUGACAUAUUCUUUGUGGAAAGACUGUUCUUUUAAAAAAUACAAUGCUGUUUAUUAAUAAAGGUUCAAGUUCACCUAUGGGGAUUGUUAUAACUUGUGGCCUGAGUGUCCUGCUAACGUAUACGUAACGAUACCGCCAAUUAGAGAGCAGUGAAUUAUAGAUCGGAUCAAUGACGCCUGAAACCCGUACGAGCAGUGUAGAGUACUUAACGGCAAUGCUUCCUGCCUAGUAUAGCCAGUUAAGUCCAGAACACCAAUCUCAGCCUCUGCAAUAUCAAUCAUUUAUUUCAAACAUUUUGGGUUUAUAUACCAACCAGACAGACCACAUCGUACCAAUAAAAGAGGAAACAACAUUUAUACGAGAUUUGGCCAAAUGUGUCUGUGAAUGUGGGAGGUAGUAAUUAAUAGACGAAAGUUACCAUUCAUUAUGCUUAUCGGGACAUAACAGAGAUGAUACAUCAAUUAUGUCAUAAUCAAUCUCUUUCAGAUUGAUAUUUCAAAAUUUACACCAUUUUACAUAGUUAGUCACCGAUAUUUAAUUGAUUAGUUAGUAUUUCUCAUGUUGGCGUCAACAAUCUACUGAACUGAAACAAUUAACCACUUUCCACUCCCAAGUGAACGAUCAACAAUAUUAAAGCAGAUCAAUUGUUACAAAGAUUGUUAGGUUCAAUUAAACAUUUCAAAUUCCAAUCUCCAACUUUUAUGUGAUAAGUGUUUUGAAAAUAAGUAAUGAAUAAUACACUGUUGACUUAAUACUCCAGCAGGAGUAUGUAUAAUUCUGUUUCUUUUCAUUGAACUUAGUUGAUUGGAACAAAUUGGAAAAAAUAAGUAUGUUUUAACUUGUAAAACUCGAGAAGAUAAGCCUUACAUAUAUCGUUUUGUGAAAUACGUGUUUAUUUGAAUAAAAUCCAAUAAUAACUCUGCACACAUCAGUUGAAAUUCAUUCAAUAGUAUUUGCCUCAAAAUCAUCCUAGUUGAGUUACCACUGGAUAUAAGUGAGACGUUGACAACUAUUGAUAUAUUAGUUGCUAAAUAAUAAUAUUUUACAAACUGUGAUUAUUCUGCUCAUUUCUAUGAUUUAUGAUAUAAGUCUAUGAGCGUGCAUACUUAACAUAUAAAUAAUGUAACUUCAAUAGUUGAGAUCAUGAGUCAAUUAAAGCUAGACCACCAUAGAUAACCUGGAAGCACUGAACGGCCGUUUCGUUCUAUUGUGGGACUCCUUAGCAGUGCGUAUCUACGAUCUCACCUCGCGGGAUUCGAACACAGGACCUAUAAAUAAUGAAUAGUAUCAUUGUGUUGUACAAAUAAUUCUGAUGUUCAAGAAGAUAAUAUGGAUGGUCAUUAUUAAAAAUGUCAAACUGCAAUCUGAGUUAAGUAAUCAACAUUUUCAAUAAAAUAUUCUUUGUCCCAUUUACAGAUGAUGUAGAAAGCGGAAUGGCUUAUUUCAGACAAAAUGAAGAGUUACUACAUGCCACAAUAAAUAACAUUAUUCAGAAUAAACCUAAAAGACUUAAAGCGAUCCAAAAAUACAUGAGGUGUAAAAAUAAACAACAACAUGAAGAAUCCUUCAGUUUAUUUCUCAAAGAAAUGAAUAAACAGUUUCAAAAUGAGAAUCUGAUGUCAUUUCCUGAUUAUUCAACUCUGAAGGACUGCUUCAUAAAACAAGAAAAUAUUUUAGAAAGACAGAAGUCUAAUAACAAAAAUGAAGUUUGCAAACCACCUAAGACAUUCUAUGGACAAGAUAUUCAGGUUCUGAAUCAGUUAAUUUCUAAGAAAUACGAUAUUUUGUGGAGAUGGAACAAAGCAUUAUUUAACUACGAAUUCGCUUCGAAAUAUAUGGAGCACACACUAAUUUUAUUACAAAGGAUAUAUAACGACUUUUAA